AUGACAGUGGUUGAGGACCCUGCGCUUGCCGCCCCUACAGGCCCAUUGGAGCGCUUCCUCUCCCGCGAAGCUCGGCCUUCCCACGUCCACAGGGCUGCCUUCGCGUACGUUUGCACGCAGGUUGGUGCCGGCCUUCUUGCCCUGGGACCUGCGGUGGGCCAUGCCGGCUGGGUGGGCAUCCCUGUCAUCGUGCUUUGCGCCCUCUGUGCCGGAUACACCUCCUACCUCUUCGGCUGGAUCAUGUUUCAGGUGGAGGAACUCUUUCGCCACAGCAAAGCGCCAAGUUACGAAGACAUUGGCUACCAGGCUAUCGGCGGCUUCGGCCGCCUGCUCACUCAGAUCUUGCAAUGGCUAAUGUUGAUCGGCGUUUGCACCAUCUUCCUCGUUCUCAUCGGUGUCAAUGCCUGGCAGCUGCAGCAGAUCUUCGGCGUCUCCUGGCUGCCAAAGCGAAGCGUCAUCCUGCUGUCUGCAGCCAUCGAGCUCGUCUUCUGUUUCGUCGUUGCCACGGUGAAGGAAACUUUCUGGCUCACGGCUCUGGGCGCACUUUGCUCGGCAAUUUGCGCAGGGGUAGUCGUGGUGUCAGCCUUUACCACGGACAGCUCCAAGCUGGCUGGUUGCUUGGAUGGUCAGACGACAAACACUUGGCCAAUGUUCACAGACUUCCAAGGGCUCAUCCUUUGCUGGAACACCGUCGUCUUCGCCUUCGGAGGGAUCAACGUGCUCCCCAGUUUGAUGGCCGAUUUCCACACCCGCGGAGUGCUUUCACGAGCACUGGUGAGCUUCACCUGGCGAUCCUACGGCUUGAUCAUCUUGCUCUACGUGGCUGUGGCAGCCGCUGGCUUCGCAGUCGGUGGAACGGCCAUGGCAAGCAAGAAGGUCGACUCGAACGUCCUCAUUGGCCUCUCCGGUUGCCCAAGUGGUGAGGCGAAGUCUGUGAACUGGAGCUUGGUGGUGGCCUACAGUGUCAUCACUUUACAUGUGGUGCUUGCCUUCCCUGUGCCCUUCCACUCCUUGGCAGAGACGCUGGAGGCAUCGCUUGGCACGCGGGACGGGGCUCUGAAGCCAGGGUUCAAGGGCCUGGCCAUGCGUACACCCCGCCUCUUCCUUCUGGGCCUUUGUACCUUGCUGGCUUAUACUUUGCCCUUCUUCGGUGCGUUGUUGGACGUCGUUGCGGCUAUUGCUGGCCAGGCCACUGUGUUCAUCCUGCCCGUGAUCUUCUCCGUGGCGAUCCAGUGGCAGCAGGGCUUGAAGGUGAAAGGCUACGAGUGGGUCCUGAGCUCCCUUUGCCUGGUUGUCGGUGUGCUUGGGGCCAUCACUGGCCUCUACUAUGGCAUCCAAGAGGUGGCCUCCUUGCUGAAAUGA